AUGUUAACCUUAAGGAGGGGACUGGCAGCGUCGCGAGCCCUCCGGAGGUUUUCAACCAAGCCCCAUCCGAUUCCGCCAGCCAACCUCACUGAGGGAGAGAAACUGAUAUAUGACAAAUUGACCGACAAGUUUUUGCCAAGUGAGCUAGACGUGCAGGACAUCUCAGGAGGCUGUGGUGAUUUCUAUGCCAUCAAAAUAGCAAGUGAGGCUUUUAAAGGCCUUUCAACUUUGAACCAACAUAGACUUGUAACACGAGUACUGAAACAAGAAAUUGAAGGAAUUCAUGGGUUACAGGUCAGGCGUCGUCGUCGUCGUCGUUAA